GUUUGAGUGAACAAUACUUUUUUAUAUUCUUUUAGCAAUAAAUCUUACCGAUUUUUAUAUUUAUUGACAACUAAUUUAUCAAUAUAUACAGAUACUGGAAAAUCCAAUAUUUCACAUAACUAACGCCAUCUAUUUGCAACUAUGCAAAGCACUCCCUCCAAACCUUGUCGAAGCAUGUAGAAGUGAAAGUUCCCGAUCAUAUGUUCGGAGCGCAUUGGCGGCAAAACACGUUGACAGACUUUAUUUUUUAAUCUCACUUUUUAAUUUCUUUUCCCUCUAAUGUAACGUACAGAUUAAAAAAGUUCAAAAGGUGUUUUUGUGUGCAAUGUUUCUUGUUUAAUUGAAAGUGAAUCUUCUUUGUGACUGUUUUAAAAAAUAAUUUAGAAAUAUGGAUUUGAAAUUGUUGAUUUUUACCCACCUUUUCGCAUUGGGGUCCUGUGGCGUCAUCAUACCUGAGGAGCUACCGUCUCUUCUAUCAGUCGCAUAUUCCAACAUACCGCCAAUCAAAAAAGGGACGGAUUCUCGCGUGGGAUUCGGCUUCGCCUUUGGCAACCACGCCGACUUCCAAGUCAUGUUUGAGUUGGGGCCACAGACCAACACGCAGAAUUUAACGGGACAAGGCUUCCAGUCAAACAACAAGCGUCAAGCGCCUGCGCCGCCUCCGCCUAAAGUGAACAAGAAUAGAGAAAAGUUCCUGCAAUCCGAAGCCGGGAACUACCUGCAGUCUUGGGCAUCAAAAAUGCGCAAGCCUUCGCCCCCGGCCUCCGCCCCCGGGCAGACGCCCAACCUCGAGGACUCAGUGGUGGAGCUCGUCAGGAACCACCGCGGCGAGUACGAGAUACACCAGCCCAAGCCUGGUCACAUGCCGCAAAAAGUCCUCGACGAAUUGAAGAGGUUGUACGGCGAGAAGAAAGAAGAAGCGAAGAAACUUACGGAGAAGAAGAAGACAGAAGCAACCAAGCAGAGGUCAGAGGCGGAGAUCAAGAAGAUAACAGAAGAUCUAUCAAACGUCGACUUGGAUUAA